GUUUAUAAAGCUAGGCUUCGACAUAAUGGGCAAGUUGUUGCUGUCAAAGUUCAAAGGCCUGGAGUUCAGGCUGCUAUAUCCUUGGAUAUCUUGAUCUUGCGCUAUUUAGCAGCUGUAUUUCGCAAAGUUGCCAAAUUAAAUACCGAUCUUCAGGCGGUUGUUGAUGAAUGGGCAACAAGUCUUUUCAAAGAGAUGGAUUACAGGAGAGAAGCAAAAAAUGGUCGUAAAUUCAGACAGUUGUAUGGAAGUUUGCCAGAUGUGUUGGUUCCUCAAAUGCUCAUGGAGCACACAACUCGUAGGGUCCUUACUAUGGAAUGGGUCAAGGGCCAAAAGUUAACAGAAGUGAACGAUCUUUACUUGGUGGAGGUUGGGGUUUAUUGCUCAUUCAAUCAACUUCUUGAAUAUGGAUUCUAUCAUGCAGAUCCCCAUCCCGGGAAUCUUCUUCGUACCUCUGAUGGAAAACUGGCUUACUUAGAUUUCGGUAUGAUGGGUGAAUUUAAACAGGAGCUUCGUGAUGGAUUUAUUGAAGCUUGUCUCCAUCUUGUAAACCGUGAUUUUGAUGCAUUAGCCAAGGAUUUUGUCACACUGGGGCUUCUUCCACCCACAGCAGAUAAACAGGCGGUCACACAAGCAUUAACAGCUAUCUUCCAAAAUGCUGUUUCGAAAGGUGUCAGAAGUAUUAGCUUUGGAGACCUUUUGGGAAACUUGGGAACGACAAUGUAUAAGUUCAAAUUUCGCAUACCUUCAUAUUUUUCUCUCGUCAUUCGGAGCCUUGCAGUACUGGAGGGAAUUGCUGUCAGCUUUAACCCAAAUUACAAAGUUUUAGGCAGUACAUAUCCAUGGAUUGCUAGAAAAGUACUAACUGACAAUUCGCCCAAGCUCAAGUCCUCCCUGUUAUCCCUGCUUUAUAAAGAAGGUAUUUUCAGGAUCGAUCGUUUGGAGUCUCUGGUUAUAGAGUCGCUUCGUGCUAGAACAGAGAAGUCCUCGGUCAGAAAAGAUGUAGAGGACCAGGGUAAUAGGAUAGUUGUCAAGGAAGUUCUUUCCUUUGCACUGUCUGAGAAAGGCUCCUUUCUGAGAGAUUUACUUCUCCAAGAAAUAGCUAAGGGUUUGGAUGCAUUGGGUUUAGCAGCAUUGGAUUCUAUAACUUCUAUGACUGCUGCAAGGAUACCCUUCGGCUCUUCAACUUCUGUCUCUGUGAUGACCAAUGAAGAUGUGAACAACUUGAGAACAUUGGGUCGCCUUAUACUCUUGCUGUCAGGAUCUCAAGAAAAUCUUUCCAACCAGGUAACUUUGCAGGGAGCUAGUAAGAAUCAGAUAACGGGUUUGGAUGAAGCAUCUAUACGGGAAAUUUUAUCUAUACUUUCCGUUAUUCCUGAGCUCCCACCGGAAUCGCAGCAGCAAAUGCUUAACCUGCCCGCUGAGGUCGCUAGACGUUUAAUUUCCCGUGUUGCUGCAAGAACCAUUAGGAGGAUGUGGAGUUUUGGGUAGCUGUCUGAAUUUUUUUAUUUUUAUUUUUGAAAAGAGUAGCUGUCUGUAUAAAGAUAUAUGAUUGUUAGACUAUGAAACAUAGGUCAUUUGAUCUAAAAGCAUUAAAAAUUUGUCUGCAUAGUCUAUUUUAUUAAUUAUUUGACAAUAAUGAUAUGUAUACAUGAUUUUAGGACUU